CUUGCUUUUCUUCUUUAAUGAAGUAAAUGUUCAUGUUUUGUGUUCAUGUCUUUUAUUUUGAAAAGUAUUUCCUUGUUCCACUUCUGUCACUCACUCAACGUUGUGUCGAUGUAGUGACACUAGGGGUCUCUCUCUUGAGAGCCUCAGUUAUCUCUUUUCCUUGAGAAAAUGCCAAUGAGAAAUGGCGAACAGAAUUUGCAUGCCCCUCCCCCUGACAUAUGGGCAUGAAAGGAGGGAAGCGUGCAUCUGUUCAGAAAGAUUUUUUGCAUCUGUUCAGAAAGAGUUUCAGCAAGCUGAGUAAAACCCACUGCUGUUCCACUCACCUCUAAAGAGUAUACACUGUUGGAAAUAUGGUGCAUUUCAGUGGCUUUUCUCACUGCGAGAACUAACAGUUAACGGAACUCCCACAGCUGGAUAAGGCAGUUGCGGUGCACCUGUGCCUGCUAAACGCCACCACAUGGCGGGAUUAACCGUCUCAGCCCUCCAAGACCUUUAGGUUGAUGUCGUCUCUGGUGACCAAGGCCUACAGAGCCGCUGGACAGGCCGCCUCUGCCCUGCACGCUACGACCCUCCUGCAAGUCCACCAGGCCUAAGCGCUAAGAGAUCUGCACUUGGGUAUUCCUGGUCCUGAUGUGCUGCAGGAACUGCGCUCGGCGACCGACCUCAUCCUCCGGGCCACGAUGGCCACCUUCGUGGUCCAGGAACACCAUCUGUGGCUGGAUCUGGUCAAGAUGCGGGAUCCCGACAAGGCUUGCUUUCUCAACACCCCAUCUCCAAGGUCAGACUAUUCGGUGAUACCGUUGAGGGCUUUGCCCAGCAGUUCCCCUUCUGUCGCUCUCUCCACGUUGUGUCGGAGAAGCGACACUGGGGGUCUCUCUUGAGUGCCGAUAUCCACCUCUGAUCUAUGAAAAAAGGCCAAUGAGAGUUGGCAGCCAGUAUUUGCAUGUCCCGCCCCCGGACAUAUGGGUAUUUAAGCGGCGCAAAUACGGGAGUUCAUUCAGAAAAUUUCUUCUGAGCCGAUGGUCUGUCUGCAGUUUGCUGCGAGUUACACACCACUAUUACGUUCCUGUUUCCUCUGACGAUCUGCAUGCUGUUGGAUUUGACGGCGCACAACAGUGGCUUUCUCCUACUUUGCACAGCGUGCAUUGUUGCCCCUGAGCGCUUCGACAGCGCAGACACACACACAUACUGUGUAUUAAAAGAGUUAUUUCCCUUAAAAGAGUGAAUUUCUCUAAAAGAGCAAAACACAGCGGCGUUGAACGUCCUUUUCAGGACGCGUCUUUUUCAAGAUGCCCUUCCGCCCCUGUGUUGUUCCUGGAUGCGGUAGAGUGCUCUCCGCUUCAGACGGCCACAGGCGCUGUCUCGUGUGUUUGGGCCACGAUCACACUGAGGCGGCGUUUGUGGAUGGCUCAUGUUCUCACUGCGAGAACAUGACCAUGACCACGUUGCGGUCGCGGCUUGCUUUCAACAGAGAGCAAGCCACCCCAGCUGCACCCCGCAUUGCUCCUUCUUCCCACGGGAUUGAGGACGAUGCGGUUGGCGCUGGGGGCGGCAGCGGGUGCAGUUUCGCCAGGUAGCCCCCCGCGAACGAUAGCGGCGAUAGCAGCUCGCCUCAAGACCCGGCUGUCUAUCCUCCCGAGCCCGAAGCAGAUGAGCUCGCAGCUGCAUCGGAGAGUGUGAUGUCUGAUGCCGAGGACUCCCCUGGACUGCCGCCUUCGGGCCAGCAGGCCCAGGCUGAGGCCGACGCUCAGAUGUCUGACAUGCUUUCCCGGGCCGCCGUGAGCGUGGGGUUGGAUUGGAACCCCCCAUCCUCCCCACAGCCUUCACGGUUGGAUUACUGGUUCCUGGGGUCGUUCGCGGCCACGCAUCCCCCCGGUCCCGUUUUUCCCGGAGGUGCAUGACGAGCUGACGUCUACGUGGAGAGCCCCGCUCUCCGCUCGUCUAGGUGCCACCCGCUCCUUUCUCACCACCCUCGACAGCGGAGAGCGCCACGGAUAUGGGGCGAUUCCCCAGGUCGAUAGGGCAGUUGCGUACCAUCUAGGCCCCGGUAGCCCUACCUCCUGGCGUGGCCACCCCGUACUCCCAUCCAAGCCCUGUAGGACAACAUCCUCGCUCAACGCGAAGGCCUACAGUGCGGCUGGACGCGCUGCCUCCACCCUGCAUGCGAUGGCCCUCCUGCAAGUCCACCAGGCCAAAGCACUCAGAAACAUGCACGGGGGUGGACCUGAUCCUGAUGUGCUGCAGGAACUGCGCUCAGCGACCGACCUCGCCCUGAGAGCGACACGAAGGCCACAGCGCAGGCACUCGGACAGGCGAUGGCCACCCUAGUGGUCCAGGAACGCCAUCUCUGGCUUAAUCUGGUCGAGAUGCGUGAGGCCGACAAGAACCGCUUCCUAGAUGCACCUGUCUCCCAGAUUGGCCUUUUCGGCGACACCGUCGAUGACUUCGCCCAACAGUUCUCCGCGGUGAAGAAGCAGACGGAGGCCAUCUCUCACAUCAUGCCCCGCCGUACACCUGCCUCUACGGGCCCUGCCCCGUCUGCUCGCCGAGGGCGCCCCCCUGCAGCGAAGAAACCAGCCCCUGCUCCGCCCCAACCCGGGCCCAGCUCUCAGCCCCAGCGUCGAGCACCCCGCAGGCGGCGUACGCCCCCUGUCUCACGAACCCCCUCUAGGACCCGGAAGGCUCCCAAGCGUUCCUGAGACAGUCGACCCAGAGCCGAAGACGUUAGCUCCGGAGGUGGUAAGACCGCUCCGUCCCCCGGUGGAGGGCCGGGAGGAGAAUCCUUUGUUUUUUCAUUUGCCACACCCCCUGACGGGGGCUGUGGUACCCACAUUCUCAAUAAAAGAGCUAUUUCCUUUGCCUCUGGGUCACCUGGCCCGCAAAUGCCGUUCUCACGGCAAUCUGCUUUCAGAUUAGGACAGUCCCGGUACACCGGACGCGGCGAUCCCGCCUUCCGCCUGCCCACGACUGUCCCCCGGCCGGCCGGUUCAGAUGAGUCCAGAGGACGCCAACAUCAGACCUCCUCCUCAGUCACGAACCCACCCCCUGCCGGGCGCGCGGAGCAAGGUAAGUGCUUUGAGUCUAUUCUCAGCACCUCAGCCCGCAACGAAGCCGCCCGAUGUCGGCUCCGUCGUCCCGCCACAUGUCACAACUCGCCCGCCGUCUCCUCCUAUGGAGCCAGCAGCGACUCAAGUCACUGCGUGCCACUCACAUCCCCGGCAAGCUCAGCGCGUCCGCUACGCCGUUAUCACGACAACGCCUGCCCGGCGGGGAGUGGAGGCUUCACCCCCAGUCGGUCCAGCUGAUUUGGGAACGGUUUGGCAAGGCCCAGGUAGACCUAUUUGCCUCCCAGGAAACCUCCCACUGCCCGCUCUGGUACGCCCUAACAGAGGCUCCCCUCGGGACAGACGCGCUGGCACACAGCUGGCCCUCGGGGCUGCGCAAGUACGCAUUUCCCCCAGUGAGCCUUCUUGCACCGGUGCUGUGCAAGGUCAGGGAGGACGAGGAGCAAGUCACGUUAGUGGCCCCCUACUGGCCCACUCGGACUUGGUUCUCGUAACUCAGACUUCACCCGACAGCUCCUCCCUGGCAAAUUCCCCUGAGAAAGGACCUCCUCUCUCAGGGACGGGGCACGUUCUGGCACCCACGCCCAGACCUCUGGAACCUCCACGUCUAGUCCCUGGACGGGAUGCGGAAGAGCUAGUCGGCUUACCGGCGACCGUUGUGAAUACAAUCAACCAAGCCAGAGCCCCCUCUACCAGGCACCUUUACGCCCUAAAGUGGCGCUUGUUCGCAGAUUGGUGUUCUUCCCAAACUGAAGACCCGCAGAGAUGCGCGAUCAAGUCAGUGCUCCUGUUCCUACAGGAGAGGCUGGACAGGAGGCUGUCCCCGUCCACCCUCAAGGUGUAUGUUGCCGACAUUGCCGCCCACCACGAUCCUGUAGAUGGCAAGUCUUUGUGUAAGCACGACCUGAUCCUCAGGUUCCUGAGAGGCGCCCGGAGGUGGAAUCCCUCCCGGCCAGGCCUAGUUCCCUCCUGGGAUCUCUCGGUAGUCUUGGCAGGACUCCAGAGACCCCCCUUCGAGCCGCUUGAAUCAAUUGGACUCAGGGCCCUCUCUCUUAAGACGGCCCUGCUGAUCGCGCUCGCCUCUAUCAAGAGGGCCGGGGACCUGCAAGCGUUCUCUGUCAGCGACACUUGCCUGGAGUUCGGUCCGGCGGAUACGUCUGUGAUCCUAAGGCCGCGACCGGGCUAUGUGCCCAAGGUUCCUACCACACCAUUCCGAGAUCAGGUAGUGAACCUGCAAGCGCUGCCCCGGGAGGAGGCAGACCCAGCCCUUUCGUUGCUAUGUCCAGUGCGCGCCCUGUGCAUUUACUUGGACCGCACACAGAGCACCAGACGCUCUGAGCAGCACUUUGUCUGCUUUGGGGGACGGCAGAAAGGGAAUGCCAUCUCCAAACAGAGGCUCGCCCACUGGGUUGUUGACGCCAUCACACUGGCUUAUCACACCCAGGCCGUGCCCCUACCCUUGCGGGUCCGUGCUCACUCAACAAGGGGUGUUGCGUCCUCGUGGGCACUGGCCAAGGGCACCUCCCUAGCAGACAUCUGUAGAGCCGCAGGUUGGGCAGCACCCAACACCUUCGCAAGGUUUUACAACCUCCGCGUUGAGUCGGUUGCGUCUCGUGUUUUCUCAGGUCCGAGCCCGUAGAACUCGGUAACACGUAGACUGACCGGCCGGGUGGAUCGCUUGCGCCCUGCGCCCUUUUCCUGACGUCAAGGUUAAGUAGUGCGCCUUUUUUCCCAGGGCGCCCCACUCCGAGUCAGGACCCUGGUCGAUUCCUCCCCAGCCCUCCGGGUCCGCGGUUCAGCGGAGGAACUCGCCGACCCAAGCCACUGUGGGUACCCUGAUGGCUACCCUGUACUGGUAUAGGUGCUCCACAGGUAAGGCCUCCUGCUCGGACUCCCCCUGUGUGUAAUUCCACGGUUCUGUCCCCUUAUGAGCGGACCCCCGUGUCUCCCUUAGGCAGUUACAGCUGCCCCGGUCGCCGUGCUGUAGCAACUCCCCCCUUUCGAGGCUGGAUCUACCACCGCACCAUACUUUCCACACGAGUCCUAAGACGGCCGUGUGACGUGUCUACCACUUUUCCUCCCCAAGAAAAAGGGUAGGUGUGGUCUCCGCAGGGUCUGGGUAAGACCCCCUUCCCUAUAUGCAUGUAAGGGCCCCGGCCGUGAUUUCUCUAUGCGAGAAACAUAGAGAGAAAAGAGGCCCAGCCAGGCUGGCCCGUUCCCAUGUUGGCAAACAUCGCCUUGUUCCCCUCUCAGGGUAACUAGAAGGAUCCCGAUGUUCGUAUGGGGCAUUGGGGAAGGGUACGUGCAGCCAGGUACAGAUGAUACACUGGAUGAAUCCCUGCCCGCCUCUGUAUCGGCAGUCCACGUACACAGUUCAGCACAUGGCAAGAUUGGAAUGGGUCCCCUAGUGUCGCUUCUCCGACACAACAUGGAGAGAGCGACAAAAGGGGAACGUUUGGUUACGUAUGUAACCUCCGUUCCCCGAGGGAGGGAACGACACGUUGUGUCUUUCCUCCGCCAUGUCGCUGAACCGAGGCAAUGUUGUGGCCGGACCAUUUCCGGCUCCUCAGAAAAAUCCUGAAUGAACUCCCGUAUUUGCGCCGCUUAAAUACCCGUAUGUCCGGGAGUGGGACAUGCAAAUACUGGCUGCCAACUCUCAUUGGCCUUUUUUCAUAGAUCAGAGGUGGAUAUUGGCACUCAAGAGAGACCCCUAGUGUCGCUUCUCCGACACAACGUGUCGUUCCCUCCCUCGGGGAACCAAACGUUCUCGAUGGUGAAGAAAUAGAUGGCGGCCAUUCAACACAUCUUGCCCCGCCACGGCUCAAGAUCCCGCAUUUCGUCUGCUCGCCGAGUGUGUCCCCCAAGUAGUGAAACCCCAGGCAACUCCGCCCCUGCAACAGACGCCACCCAUCUCACGGACCACCUCCUGGACCCAGAAGGCUCCCAAGCGCUCCAGAAAUGGGCAACCCAGGGAGAGAGAAGUCUGCAACGGAGCUGGUAUCCAGACCACUCCAUUCCCCAGUGGAAGGCCUGGUAGAGAAUAUUUUGUUUCCUUUCCUUUGCUUGCUGCACCUCCAACGGAAUGUAGUACCCAUUUUGUCGCAAAGGAAGGAGUUUCCUCACUCCCUGGGUCACUUCGCCGGUGCCCACAACUGCCAUUCUCACAGCGAUCAGUCACACCCCCAUGAACGCGGCCCUCCGCCUUCACGUGCCCAACUGCACCACACCCGUGCCUUAAGCUGGCAGGUGGUGACAAGCCUAUAGACGAGUCUUCAGCGGUGUCCGCAUUACCUUGUGCAGGGCGAAAAAACCUCCACCCUGGUGCGGAGGACGCAACUCUUCUGGAGUGGGCCAGUAUGGGGCCACGAGGGUGACUUGAUCCCCUUCCUCCCUGAUCUUGGGGGAAUCAUUAUUUGUGCAGCCCCCGGGGCCAGCUGUGUGCCAGCGCAAGUGAACAGGUCUACCUGUGCUUUGCCGAAUCGACUCCAAAUCAGCUGAACAUCGCCUGCUGUGACAGCGUGUCCGCUGUAGCGUUGAGGCUGCCCGGGAUGUGAGAGGCCUGCAGCAACCUCAGAUACGCUACUGUCGCUGUGUUGUCAGACCGGACCAACACAUGCUUGCCCCAGAUCAACGGCAAUAGCCCCCGCAGGUCAAGCAGUACAGCCAGCAAUUCUAGGCAGUUGAUGUGCCAAUACAGCCGUGGUCCUGUCCAGGAGCCAGUGGCUGCGUGUCCAUUGUACACAGCGCCCCAGCCUGACUUGGAGGUGUCUGUGGUGAUCAUGACAUGUCUGGACACCUGCUGUAGGGGGACUCCUGCCCACAAAAACAUGAGGUCUGUCCAAGGGCUGAAUAAGUGGUGGCUGAUCGGCGUGAUAGCUACGUGAGGUGUGCCGUGGUGCCAUGCCCAUCUCGGGACUACAUCCAGCAAUCGACGUCAACACAAUGUCGAGUGAGUGACAGAAGGGGAACUUUUGUUUGCUUUGUAAAUUUUGUUGAGUUGUGCACCUCUGGGCCACCGUACUCUUCUGAUCUCACAGAACAAUCAGAAUUACAAUCUGCAUUUAUGAUCACUGCUGCUAUAUUGUAAAUAAAAUCACAGCUAAAGGGCAUUGCUAGGCACAACCUACAGCUGUGAAUACUGUAUAUUCACAAUAUUGCAUACUGAAUAUUCACAAUAUAGCAUGUAUUGAGCUGUUUUGGUAGUACGCUGACUACUUCUGAACAUUAAAGACACAAAUGCUCAGUAAAUAUGAAUGCUUCCACUAGAAUAUAAACCCUCAUAUAAUGAGGCAUAGCUAUGCAACACAAAUAAUGGUAUGGGUGCCAUGCAGUUAUAUACAAUAACAGUACAGAUACAGAAGGCUAUGUACACAGUAGCUAGAUGAUUCUCUGUUUUUGAGAGAAAACAAUUUUAGAAUAGACUUUUUCAUGUAAAAUUAAUUUUUGAGUCAUGCCCACAAUGUUAAAAUAUUCUUCCUUUUCAGAUUCAUCUUUUCUAAUACCUUCUUGUAAUUUAUUCAGUUUAUAAUAUGUUCUGUUUAUUACCUGAAUUAAAUCAUCAGGCUUUCUUGUAGGCCCUAAAAGGCUUGUCAUCACAUAAGAAAAUGCUGCAUCUUUUAUUCUGUUUCAGAAGUUAUGAAAUAUUUCGUUCAUGCCUUGGCUAUUCCUGUUGAAAAUAUUUAUUGUGGGCUCUCUUUUUUAACAAUUAGGCUAAUUAGUAAGCUUUUUAUAAUUCAAAAACAAGGACUAAAUAUGGUAAAAAAAAAUUUGUUUGACGUAGAUACCUUCAGCAUUUCAAAUGUGCUUCCAACUGCUCAGCCCACUCUUUCAGGUACAUACAAAUCUUUCAAAUUCAAUUAUCUAUUUUGUGAGAGAUCAUUUUGUGUAAUAAUUACGACAUUGUUCUCUCAGUUCACAGUAAUCGGUUCUUCCUCCAAGCUGUUAAUCAGAGCAGUCCACUUUGUUAUGAUGUUCCUCGUCCUCAUAAACUUAGACUGCUAGAAGACACUGCAUUAGGUCAGACAUCAAUAGAUACUUAUUCUACGUGUGCAUCCAUUUAAAGAGCCAUAUUUCUUAUUAAAUAAAUUUCUUGUAAUAUUUUUAUAUGCACAGGCUAGUUGACACACAUUUUUCUCCAGUUAACAUUUUCUCAGAGUAUUGUUUUAUUUUUUAAUGUACAUUUCUGUAUCGAUGUAUACCUUAAAGGAUUGACUGCAAAAAAGGCAUUUAACAAUUUCACUGUUAUUGCCAAGAAAAAACUAUACAGUUCUUUGAAGACACAUUGACAUAUGGGAGUAAGUUGUCACAAUGCCAUUAAAUAGCCAUUCAAAGGGUUUUUCAGCCAAAUUUAAACAGUUAUAUGUUUAUUAAUCCACAUUGUUAUUAAUAAAUUGUGUAAAACUACAACAUGUAAAACAUGUGACAACCUGCCCCAAAAUGAUAAAAAAAAAAAUAUGCUCUAGCCUAGCUGACCCUUGCAUGAAUGUAUGGCAUUGUGGUGUUGAUUUUUUUCAAACAAGUUGUCACAAAAAAAAAUAUGAUAUUGGAAUUUAAUUUAUUGUUUAAUUUAAUACAAUUUCAUAUUUUGGAGGACAUAUUUAAAAAUGUAUUCAAAUUUAAGAAAUUUUUUACCUAGAAAUUUGAAACAACAUACAAAAUGAAUGCUAGAGAAAACAAGCAUUUGUGUAAUUGACUUGAAAUCUGAAAAGCCCUUGUGGCAACUUCUCCAUGUGACAACAAGCCCCAGUAUCCCCUAUUUAUGUUUACUGUGGCAUUUUUGCAUCCUAGAUUUCUCUAUGAAUGGAGAGUCUAAAAAAUCCAGACAUGGAUUCAGACAAAUUGUCUUUCAUUACAAAACAAACCAUCACCUGAAAAUAAACACAACAUCUAUUAAUUACCAUAAUGGCCAGGACAAUGUGGAGUUUUUGUGGGGCAAGGAACCAUCCCAACAUGAAACAGAGGGUGUCUCGCUGGUUGUACAGGAAAAUGAAAUUAAUGUUACCAUGGGAAAUAUUGGUGUAAUCAUUCUUCUUCAUAAGAAAGAUAGGAACAUGUUUCUGUGGCCAGCCAUUUUUGAAUACCCAAAAAAUGUAAAUCUGACAGGUAUUUUAGGAAAUGCCAAUAUUUCAUAUGAGGAGCUUCACGGAUCAGACACACCAACUCUAUAGGUAAUGGACAAGGAAGUGAAGACGUCUUGGGAGGAUGUCACCGUUUUUGCUAAAGGAUGCUGGCUUGUACCGUUCCAGACUGUGAUGCAGAGGGAGAUAUCUGAUUUCACUGUUACUCAGCUGUAGAGUUCAAAGUGACAAACAGUGUUGACUACUAUAUGUUCUGAUGGUCCAUGUAUUCUUUUAAGUAAAUGCUUCAAUGUUUCAACACCAUUUGUUCUAUAUGCAGUGGUGUAAGCUUUAUAAGGCAGUGGACUGUUAAAAUUGACCGAGGGGACAAAAGCUUGCAAUUAAAAACUUUGAAGACUGCAUGAAGUGCUAAAUUCUGAAUGUUUGAAAUUGGCAUGAGCAUGGUAAAGGAAUAAUUACUACCUGAACCCUCUGUAACUAACUUUUGACAAGUCAAUGUAUAAAAUAAAUAUUAAAAGAAUGUUCAAAGAAACAAUUAAUUCUAGCCAGUUGUUUGCUUUCUAUCGAAUUUUGCUCAUUAUUAAUGUACACACCAUUAGUACAUUCACUUCUCAGGCAUGUUUUUGGCAAACACAGCAAAGCAUUUAUGUUAGGUGAGAUUUUUUUAAUGUGGUUAUUGCUCUUAUGUUUGAUUUUAAAACACCCUAAAACAUUGUGCUGAUGGUGAAAUGUGAAUCUGUGAUGCAACAUGUCUCCUAAAAUAAUCUUGGCAUUUGUUGUACAUGAAUGGAAAUUUUGAAAAUUGGUCUCAAAUUAAAUGUUAAACAUAAUACUCAUUACUAACACAUAUAUGCAGUAUAUUAAAGUUUGUAAACAACUUUUUUAACGGGGGACUAACAAUGUUCAUUAAUAAUGUCCAUUUACUUUAAGGUUUUAAAAGGUCUGUUUAUGUCAUUCCAAAUCCCAUAAAAAUAGUUUGUAAUGCCUGAUCCAAAUAA